UGACAUUGUGUGGUUAUUAUAAGAAAGCCCUGUGACAUUGUGUGGUUAUUAUAAGAAAGCCCUGUGACAUUGUGUGGUUAUUAUAAGAAAGCCCUGUGACAUUGUGUGGUUAUUAUAAGAAAGCCCUGUGACAUUGUGUGGUUAUAAUAAGAAGGCCCUGUCCAGAAUGUAGAUGCUGAGGACUCUGAGAGCAUGAUAGAGAUGUUACGAUGCAGGCAAACUGUUGUGACAACUGCUCCCUCUCUUCGACCUUGACUCUUUACUCCAUUUCUUCCUCCAUGUCUUCUUCCACCUCUUCCUUGACCUCUCAAGUCUCUGGAGUUCAAUUCAAUAUUAUUUAAUAUCCACUGAUGUAAAAUAUCACUGAAGUAAUGCUUAACAUUCUUCUCCAUCUUACCAUUGACUACGAGCUGGCAAUACAAGUCUUCCCCCAGCACCACAAUCCCAAGACAACUGCUCAGCGAUCUUAUGAAGGAUGCCCAUGUCUAUAUGCUUUCUGGCUAUCUGCCCUGGUUUGAGGUAUUCUACAAGCUGCUCAAUAUCCUCGCUGACUACACAAUCAAAGGCCAGGAGAGUCAGUGGCGAGAGCUCCUGGAGUCACUCCACACACUCCCCAUCCCUGAUCCUGGAGUGCCAGUCCAUCUUAGCGUGCAUUCCUACUUUACUGUGCCUGACAUAAGGGAACUACCCAGCAUACCUGAAAACAGAAACCUAACAGAGUAUUUUGUAGCCGUAGAUGUCAAUAACAUGCUCCAUCUGUAUGCUAGUAUGCUUUAUGAGCGUCGAGUCCUCAUCUGCUGUAGCAAACUAAGCACCUUAACGGCUUGUGUUCACGGGUCGGCGGCCAUGAUGUACCCCAUGUAUUGGCAACACGUUUACAUUCCUGUCCUGCCUCAGCACCUUAUAGACUACUGCUGUGCGCCCAUGCCCUACCUCAUUGGAGUACAUUCCAGCCUAAUGGAGAAGGUGAGGGGGAUGGCCCUGGAUGACGUGGUUGUUCUCAACGUAGACACCAACACCCUGGAAACACCCUUUGACGACCUCCAAAGCCUGCCCAAUGACGUGGUGUCAUCCUUAAAGAAUCGCCUGAAGAAGGUUUCCACGACGACGGGAGAUGGCGUGGCCCGAGCUUUCCUCAAGACACAGGCCGCUCUCUUCGGCUGCUACAGGAACGCGCUGCAGAUCCAACCGGGAGAGCCAAUCACGUUCAGCGAGGAGGUCUUCGUGACCCACCGCUCCAGUGCCAUGAGACAGUUCCUGCAGAACGCCAUCCAGCUACAGCUCUUCAAACAGUUCAUCGAUGGCCGCUUGGACCUGCUGAACGCUGGUGAGGGCUUCAGUGAUAUUUUCGAGGAUGAGAUCAACAUGGGAGAGUAUGCAGGCAGUGACAAGAACUACCACCAGUGGCUAUUCACAGUAAAGAAAGGGGGCGGUGCUAUCUUUAACACAGUGAGGACCAAGGCUAAUCCGGCCAUGAAAACAGUCUAUAAAUUUGCUAAAGAUCAUGCCAGGAUGGGGAUAAAGGAGGUCAAGAGCCGGCUAAAACAAAAGGAGCUAGCAGAGAACGGCUACUCCUCGACAGCAGGCACUGGUGGCACAGGAACGGGAACCGGGGAGGAGGGCACUACUGCCGAGUCGCCUACCUCCGCAGAUGGAAAGGACGGCAGCGCCCGCACCUGGGACGAACGGCGGCCCAUCACUGUGCACUUUGGGCAGGCCCGUCCACCCAGGCCUCUGGUGGCCAAGAGACCUCGCAGCAACGUGGGCCUGGAGAGCAGCCCUGAACAUUGUGGCCGUCCCACACGUCACUACACAGUCUUUCUGUCCGAGGACUCAUCAGGCGACGAGCUGCAGCACGAAGACGACUCCAUCGCCGGCUUCCCCGAGAACUUUCUCUUCUCCGCCCCUUUCGAAUGGUCUCCCCUGCCGCCUCCUUACCGCUCACUGAAGGAGGCGGAGGAGGGGGAGGAGCCCAUCAGCGGCUCCUCCUACACGGCCCCGCCCAGCCCGGUGAUGGAGAAGUUUGCUGACAUCAACCUGCUGGGGGACAUGUUCAGCUGCUUGGACGAGCCCGAGGGACAGCAACUCAGCCUGGCCAAGAGUCUGGAGGACCUCCGCCCGCCCAAAGACCCCCAGGAGCAGCAGAAAUCCACCUACCAGCGGAUGGACCUGAGUGGCACCCUCCCAGGCCUCAAGCACUCCAACCCCUACAACAAGAUGUGGAGCAUGCAUGGGCAGGAUGAUAUGGCCGUGGCCGGCCGGGUGUCUCCGAACUGGAACCGACCCCUGUCCGUGCCCCCCCCUGACCUGGAAGAGCCACGGCCCCCUAGCCGAGAGAGCUUCGGUCCCGGGGUCCCCGAGCGGCCGGAUCCCUUCACCACCCCCAGCCAAGGGGAGUGCAUCACCAUCCCCCGCCCCCAGGGGAGGAAAACCCCAGAGCCAGGUAAGGUCUUGGGUGCGCCACCGGUUCCCCAGCCCCGGACCAAGCCGUGGGCGGGGGUGGUGGGGGAGGGUGUGACCACCACAGCAGGGGGGCAGGAGUUCCGGCAGGCCCUUGGGAUGGGGGGUGACCUGAUGCUGCAGCCCACCAAGAUGGACUUCAAUGAGGGGGAGGAUGUGGACCUGCUCAGCCUCCUGGACCCCCUGAACAACCCAGCCCAGACCACCACCACCCCAGCCUUGGCAGGGGAAGGAGCAGACUCCCGGUCCAGUGCCGCCCCUCCAUCCUCCAGGCCUGUUCUCCCUCCACGGCCCUACCCUCAGAGCCUGCCCCCCUUCCACCAACACAUGCCCCUGAACCCCUUCACCCCGCCCCUCGGCUACUCCACCCAUAGACACUACUCGCCCACAGUAGCGGGGAAUCCUUUUGGCGGCGGUGCCUACGGGCCUCCCACCUCCACCUAUUUCCACGCCUCCCCCCAUGGUCACCCUCCUCACCCUCUCUCUAGAAUGCCGGGGCUCUACAGACUGUCGUCCCCCGUGGGGUCCACCCUCCCUCCUGGCAUGGGCUCCAUGCGGCCUGCCUUUCCCAAUCAUGGCGGUCCUCCCCCCACCACCUCAGGCAGCCACCACGCUCUCUCCAACCUGUUGGACUCCCCUUCGGCCCCCACCCCUAGCCCCGCCCCUAGGGUACUGCCAAAGCCUCCCAACACUGCAGAGGACUCCAUCGAGACUCAGGACCCCUUUGGAGACCUACUGGCCAUGGCCAAGCCGGCCGUUGCACCACCUAAAAAGAAGGUGGAGGACCUUCGGGGGAAGUGGGAGACUUUUGACUAAACCCCUUUCCUGACUUUCCACGUAUGGGCGUUGUCUUAUUCACCCCUUCCCUGCACCAACUUAUGCUGCUGACCAAUGAGUAACAGAGUCUGUGUGUCAGGCGACCAAUCGAGAAGCUGGGUUCCAAGCUGUCCCUUCUACCCCGUUUCCCCCUCUGCUGAAUGUCGGAGUUCAAGCCUCACUCUUUCUCUCUCUCUCUCUCUCUCUCUCUCUCUCUCUCUCUCUCUUUCUUGCUCUCUCUCUCUUUCUCUCACCCUCGUCCUUCAGCCAGGAAUGGGACUCUCAACCUGGCCUUGCUUCUUUCAGUACGCUGUAUACGCCAACCAUACACAGCCCAUGCUAGUGCGCUCUUGCACAGUAUCCCUUGGUGUUAGCUGUGUGUGUUCAAUGCCUUCACUUAGACGUUAGCUUAGCUUAGCUCAAACUGGAAGGCGUGUGGCCUCUAAAACACCUCUUGACUCUAUCUUGGGACCCGGCACCAAAAGGCCAUCAUGUCUCAGAAACCGUCAGAGCCGUGUCUGUUGCUACGAUGGUAAUGCUAAUCCAUUAGGGUAGCUAGUAGUCCGCGUGUGUGGAUUUCCCAGCUUAGCGGUGUUCUAGUCCGAUCUAUGGUACAUCCCUAACAUGCAGUCAGUCCACCCUCAAUGUCUUCAGCGGCAUCAUGUUGAGCAAUUUGUUUUUAGAGGAAACACUCGAACGAUACAUGUUCGCCUGGACUAACUAAUGGACCGUUGUCAAAUGCACCAGAACAUUUUGGCUGAACGGGGUUGGUUGUGGACCUUCAAAUGGUUUACGUUAUGCCAGUUACAGCAAUCUUUCAGGUGAAACUUUUGCUAAUUCAUUUGUCAAACUUUAAGAACCCAUGAUUGUAAAUUCCUAUGUAGUAGGGGAGGAAUAUAGAACCACCCAAUGUUGCACCAAUCAUGUUUGCUAUUUAAACUCAUCCCAUGUAUUCCCUUUUCCCCUUGUUGAUUUUGGCCUUAUUCUGAGUGUUAUCAUGUUUUCUGUGUCUGAGGACAGUGAUAAUCUACUACUGAGUCACUGGCUGCUUGCUCAGUGUGCUGCUACUAUGUGUGCAAGUGUGUAAAGUGUGUACUGACAAAAUGGGUACCGUUGUCGGUUGCGAUUGCAAUCGAUUGCCAGUGCGCUUCUGUUUGGAUCCGAAAUUACUCAAAUCAGGACCUAGACCAAGAAGUAAGACGACACUAGUCUGUGACACUAUAGGACGUUUGUCCCGACAACUGCUACAAAUGAACCCCCACUGCCUUGUGGGUAAUCACAUCCACAAGGGCUAACAUUUGGGAGAACUCCUACAUGCUAACGCUAAACGCUAACAGUGUGGUGGAAGAUACAGUAAGGCUGUAGAGCAAACUCAUGUCAAAUGGUGUCUGGAAAAUUAAAUUGGAACACGUCUUGGUCCUUGCUUUGUGUGUAGAGGGAACAAAAUAUAAUGUACAGUGUAUGAUUGAUUAAAGAGAGAUAUCAAGUACUGUGUCGGCUAAUACUAGAAACAUUAAGUAAAGUAUCAUCUUUUGGAACUCCUCAUGUUAAUCUAACAGAGUUAGACAAUUUCACGUUUUUCUCCUCUCCGGUUACAACAGCUUAUGGAGAAUGUAUUUCAUUGAAUCUGUGGGAUACUUCACAAAAUGGGACUAAUGAGUUAGCAAGAACUUCAGUAACAUUUCAUGUCUUUCUUAGUCAAUCCUGAAAUGGUUUGCAUAUAUUUCCCCCAGUUUUAGACGAUGAUUCACCUAUACUGCAAUAUGCAUUUAUAAUAUGUACCUUUUAAUUGUUUUAUUCAAAAAGGUUUGCAAAAUAAUGCCAAAAUACAGACUUUUCUCUGAAGCACGGUGUUAGUGACAUUGAUUAGCUAGUCAUACAUUACCCAAGGUGGCGAUAAUUACAAGUGAUUAGUAAUAAUUUGCUGUCAAUAUUUACCUGGCUAUAUCUAGACAUCCCUAAGUAUUAAUUGUAUUUAUAAGAAACCUUGAUUUUACCAGAGCCUACAAUCAUUAGUACUGCUCUCACCCCUAGUAUUCAUUCAAUAAUAAUAAUAAUAAUAAUAAUACUAAUACAUGCGAUUUAUAUAUUGCUUUUCAAGGAACCAAAGUUGUUUAAAAAACAAAAGGUGUUAUUUCCACAGCCCAUGGUUUAUAUGCACCUUUCUCAGGGGAUGUGGUAACUUUUGAUUGACAAUACAUUUAAAGUGUGCUUUAAGAAUCUGAGCAAUGCAUUAAAUUACAUCUCACUCACACUUGAUCAAGACAGUAGCACAGUAUUAAUUGAAUCACUGAACAUUCAGUGACAACAGUCUUUGCCUUACCGUCAAGGAUACUCCAUUAUGUUUUAAUCCAUAUCUACAUCGGGCAAAAGUCCUUGGUGUGUCUAUUUAUUGCUGAUGUAGAUGGUGUCCAUAACUCCACCUCCCCUCCACAUCCCCCUCCGUUCUCAAAGAAUGUUUCCUGUAGAAAUGUGAUGAUCUUUUUUUAUACAACUGACACUUCUUUUUAGUUAGGAUACAUUAUUUUCUGUUUCUUUUCCUCAUUUGUGUAUCUCACGAUUAUAAAGAACACAGUCACACAA